CACUGUUUGGUGCCUGUUCGUGAGUCGCGGAGCAUGUCAAACCAAAGAAAAAACAGGGCUCUAAUCAUUGUCAAUUACGAUUUCUACAGAACUAAAUCCGAUGAGAGACUCCCGUCAAGACCUGGGGCUAGAAGGGAAGCAGAUCCUCUUUUUAUAGCACUGUCCAAGUGCAACUAUGCCGUGAGACUUUCCUAUGAUUUGACAGCUAAGGAAAUAGAAGAGCUUUAUGAGGAAGAAUGCCAUGCAGAUCACGGGGACUGUUUUGUGAGCAUCAUUUCCAGUCACGGCCAGGAAGGGAGUGUGUUUGACUGCGAAGGACAGCCAGUUCCACUCACACGGAUUUUCAAGGCAUUAUCACCCGAAAGAUGUCACAAUCUAACAGGAAAGCCCAAAAUCUUCUUCAUACAGGCCUGCCGUGGAGAGGACAUUGAUCGUGGCAUAUUCCUCGAGACAGACGGUGGUGAAGCACAGGUUGACUGUUUCUCGCACUAUCUCUCCAUCCCUGAAAACACUGCAGUCAUGUUUUCAUGUUGCCCAGGCUAUGUCUCCUUUAUCAACCAAUGGGAAUCGAUGUUCAUCAAAGCCUUACUCGAACUGUUAGAAGGGGAGGAGCGCCAUCUUGAAAUUGCAAAUUUGAUGACCCGAAUUAUGUGGAAAGUUGCCUUCCAUUGUGAAGCGAGAGGAACGUAUGCCGGCUGCAAAGAGAUGCCCUGCUUUGUGACCAAUAUGGUGGAAUAUGUUUACCCAUUUUCGUCAUCAGGUAGCCAUAGGACCCAAGAAAGGACAGAAUAGCAACAUAGAUAAGGAUAACCCAUACGUCAGUGUUAGCAGUGGCCUCAGCACAAAAAGGACUGGCUCGCAUAAGAAAUGCAAUAUUUUUAUGAACUGAAAUGGCAGCCCAUUUACUCUCCUCUAGAGCAGGACUUCUUAAACUUUUUCCACUUUGAACCUCUUUCAGACUGAGACAUUUUUUC